AUGUGGACUGCCAUUGUAUUCUUCCUGAUGAUUUCUUUCUGUAUAUGUGAACACAGGUUUUCUGUCCUGAAAGGGAGAGGAGUCCAUGUAGUGCGAAUAAACAGGCUUACAACUGAAAAGCGGUGCAGGCAGGCUUGUCAAAGCCCAGGUGCUUCAGGUAACCAUCACUGUAAUUGGUCUGUGCCCUACCAGAAUCGCUGCGUCCUCUUGCAGUGUCACCAGCUUAGUGUGUGCCAGAAUGCCAGCGAACAAGACAUCAAAGAUCUGCUUGCAGAAAUUGUCAGUGGGAAAAGGGAAACAGUCCUGUUUCACCACCAAAGCUAUCCACAGAAAAAGGAGAGGAUGGUGAAUGCAUGGGUUGACCAACACAACGUGGAAAACCUGUUUUCCUCAACUGUUCGAACUCGCAAGAUUCACUCGAGGCAUUUGCUUGGGGUUAAGAGUGAAGAUGUGAUAACAAAUGCAAGAACAGUAAUUGCAAGCAAUGCUACCACCACAGUGACCACCACCACUGCCAUAGCCAUAACAAUGAACGUUACAAAUGCAACUGUCCUCACUACAGUUUAUGAAACAACUGCCAAAGCCUCAAACGCCCCUGAAGGUUCUGAUCUCAUUGCUGAAGCCAUGUCAUCCAAUGCUUCUUCUCCCACUUCUGGUAUCAUCCCUGCUUCCACUUCCAGCUAUGUCACCAAGCUCGUGACCACCACCAAAAAAUCAGGAAAUAGUAGCUCUGUCUCAUUAUUGUCCCACACUUCUUCUGCUCCCCUCACUGUCAUUUCUGAAGCAGGUACUCAAAUGCCUCAAAUAGAGCCGUUUAACCCAGCCACCACCAGCACUUCCCACUCUAGUAGCUCCACCACUGUUGGAGCUCCCCCAAACACAUUAACCACCCUCAUCCUGCAGCAUGCAGGAACAUCUUCCACUGCUUCCACUCAUGCCAUGGCACUCACCCCUUUGGAGAGUUCACGCUCUGCAAAUCCACUGCCUGCCAUUACAUUGCUAUCUCUAGAGUCAGAAGCAAGUACAGCCACAACAUCCUUGAGUAAAUCAACUUCUCUUCUGGGCUCUACAAGAGGUGCCACAGUUUUAACUACUGCCUCUACAGCAGAAACUGUGACCGGGCAUGGAAUAAAGUCAACACCUCACAUUAUUUCAACAGCCAUGGCUCCAGCAGAUGUACCCAAAACAUCAGCUUCAGGCCUUGCAGAAUCUCGGGACAUGGACAAUGAGUAUCUUCUCAUUGCUGCCGAGCCCCUGACUCGGUACUUAGUGGAUAAAAGUUCACUUCUUGCAGUGCUCUUACUUGGUACAUUUUUUUUCGUAACUGUUAUAGUUCUUUUCCUUAUGCAGGCCUAUGAGAGCUACAAGAAGAAGGAUUACACACAAGUGGAUUAUCUGAUCAAUGGAAUGUAUGUGGACUCAGAGAUGUAA